ACACAAACGUGUAUGUAUAUCUAAUAAAGAUUUCUGUGUGCCCACAAAUUAUUAAUUCAACCUUUUUUUUUACUGGUAAACCCCUCCCAAAAACUUGCACCUACCAACUCAUCAAACAAGGCCCCAAGAUUGGAUUCCUUAAAGGGCUUUGUUUUGUUUGUAAGCUUUUGAUCUUUUUUCUUUUUGUUUUUAACACUUUAAAGCUUCCAUUUUUAUGGCCUCUGUUACACUCUCAAGAUUCUUUAUCUUCUUCACUUUGCUCCCUGUAAUCACACACUCUAUCCCUUUUGUUCUCUUUCAUGGCGUUGCAGAUAGUUGCACCAAGAAAGGAGUCAAGCAUUUCACCGAUCUUUUAAGCGAGUGGUCUAAUACUCAAGGAUAUUGCAUAGAAAUUGGAAAUGGAGUAUGGGAUUCAUGGUUCAUGCCUUUUGAGGACCAGGUUGAGAUUGCUUGUGAGAAGGUGAAGAGCAUGAGUGAACUCAAUCAAGGUUAUAACAUAGUUGGACUUUCUCAGGGUAACUUGGUUGGUAGAGGAGUUCUUGAGUUUUGUGACGGAGCACCUCCGGUGAAGAACUUCAUAUCCGUAGCAGGUCCUCAUGCUGGCGAAGCAUCAGUCCCGUUUUGUGGUACUGGUUUAAUGUGUGUUUUGGUGGAUAGUUUGAUUAAGUUAGCAAUUUACAGCCCAACUCUCCAGGAACACUUGGCUCCGGCAAAUUACAUUAAGAUCCCAACUGAUCUUGAUGGCUAUCGCGAAGGGUGUAAAUUCCUACCAAAGCUAAACAAUGAGUUUGAAAAAAAUGCUACAUACAAAGAAAGAUUCUCUAGUUUGCAAAACUUAGUGCUUAUAAUGUUCGAUAAAGAAACGGUUUUGGUACCAAAAGAAACCUCUUGGUUUGGAUACUUUCCUGAUGGAGCUUGGGAUCCAAUACUUCCAGCACAAGAGACAAGACUAUAUAUCGAAGACUGGAUCGGUUUAAGGACGUUGGAUGAGGCCGGGAGGGUCAAGUUUGUAAAUGUGUCGGGAAGGCACCUCGACAUAUCAGAUGAUGAUAUGAAGGAGUACAUUGUGUCGUACUUAAUUGACGAAAAUACCCCUGAAAGUCCGGUUCUAACAAAAUCAACUCGCCAGCAACAUUCGUCGUCGUCUGACGAAAAUACCCCUAAAAGUCUGGUUCUAACAAAAUCAACUCGUCAGCAACAUUCGUCGUCGUCGGGAUUCAUCAGAAAGUUAGGUGGACAACAAGAUCUUCAACUGAAGGUUAUUCAGAAAUUAUAACACGAAAUUAUUGGUUAUGUAUUCAUGAAUGUUUGCCUUUUUUAAAAGGCUUAUGUAACUCUAGAUGCAAUUAUUGUUUAUUAAUAAAAAACUAACAAUGGUUCAAAAGUAUCUUU